AUGUCCUCAUUAAACUACUUGUAUCUUUGGGAUAACAAAAUUGAAGGCACUCUUCCUCUUGCUAUUGAAAGUAUGUACUCAUUGACUUGCUUGGAUCUUUCUUCUAACUCACUAAAAGGCAACAUUCCAUGGAGCUCUUUAAGUGGACUAUCAAAGUUAUCAGAACUUUACCUUGACUCAAACCAAUUAAAUGGGAGCUUGCCAUCUAAUUUUGGUAAUCUAUCAUCCUUAGUCUUGCUUUCUCUCAGUAAUAACUAUUUGAGUGGUAGUUUCUCACUUUCUCAACUAGAAAAUUUCACAAAGAUUAUUUUUUUGGACCUUUCCAACAAUUUAUUGACACUAGAAAUCAACCCUCAUUGGAUUCCUAAACUUCAACUUCAAUAUUUGUAUUUGAGUUCUUGUAAUAUACAUGGUGAUUUGCCAGCUUUCAUAUCCACUCAAUACACCAUAAAGUUCAUAGACUUGUCCAACAAUUCUUUGAGUGGGAAUAUUCCAGAAUGGUUGUGGGACCUUAAAUUCUUGCAGGCACUUAAUCUCUCACAUAAUCAAUUUGGAGGACCAUUGUCCUCUAAGUUUUGUGCAUUUGAUGCCCAAUAUGUGGACUUACAUAGUAAUAAGUUACAAGAAAAUGUUUUUUUGCCACAUCCUAAUGUACAUUUCCUUGACAUGUCAGAGAACCAAUUUGAUGGCAUCAUUCCAGAAAACAUGGACAAAUAUGGCUCUAGUCAACUCAUUUAUUUGUCACUUGCAAAUAAUAGUAUUGAUGGUGUCUUUCCACAUUCUAUUUGUGAGGGACUCUAUUUGGAGGUUCUCGAUGUGUCAAAUAACAAGUUUACUGGUAAUAUUUCUGCAAGUUUUGGCAGCUGCUCGUCAACAUUAAAGGUGUUGAAUCUAGAAAAUAAUCAUUUGGAAGGUGAGAUUAAAAGUAUGGUUUGUCUUCAAACACUAAAGUUGGGAGGUAAUAAAUUGCAAGGACCAAUUCCAUCAUCACUUCAAAAUUGUACCUCUUUGGAGAUUCUAGAUUUGGGAUAUAAUAAGAUGCAAGGAAACAUCCCAAUUUGGGUAGGCGAAUUGAUUGAUCUCCGAAUUUUAGUAUUGAGAUCUAAUAAAUUUAAAGGUGAAAUACCAUUACAAUUGGCAAAACUACAAUAUCUCCAAGUCUUGAUUUUGUCAAAUAAUAAUUUUUCUGGAGUUAUUCCAAGUAGCUUAAGAAACUUAAAAGCAAUGACAAAUCAAACAGAAAGUUCAGACAUCCUUCAAUAUUCAGAUUCCAGCUCAGUGUCUUAUUUAUAUAAGAUGGAAAUAGUUGGCAAAGGCCAAUUUUUAGAGUAUGUAAAAUAUUUGGCAAUGGUUCGAUGUCUUGAUCUCUCUGAUAACAACUUCUCAGGUGAUAUUCCUCAGGGUAUUGGGUUCCUCAUUGGUCUAAAAUUUCUCAAUUUGUCAAGAAAUUAUCUCAAUGGAACAAUUCCUACAUCUUUUGGCAAGCUUGUGAAAUUGGAGUCACUCGAUAUUUCAAGAAACAAUCUUACUGGAGAUAUUCCUGCAGAACUACAACUUCUAAAAUUUUUGAGUUAUUUGAACAUAUCUUAUAAUAAUUUUUCUGGUAGAAUACCACAAGGGGGUCAAUUUUUAACAUUCAAUGGUGGUUCAUUUUCAAAUAAUGAACAUCUUUGUGGACUUCAAAUCAACACAAGUUGUUCAUCUUCUCUUUCUCCAAAGAGCACUCAAGAUAACUAUGUAAGUGAAAAAGAGUGGGAUGAAGAUGUGUGGUGGGAAGUGGGAAUUGGAUUGAGCAUUGGAUUAGGGUUUUUAGUUGUUAUUGGAGCAUUAUAUUUUAACAAAAAAUAUUGUUUUAGAUGCUUCAAGAUCAUGGAUGAAGUUAUUGUCAUUCUUGACCAAAAAGUUCAAAAAAAAAUAUUUUAA